AUGUCUUAUUUUGAUCCUAAGCUUUGUACUGAAAUUAUUGUAGAUGCAUCCCCAGAUGGACUUGGUUGUGUUUUAGUCCAGAAAGAAUCUGACAUUGAUAAUGAAUAUGUCCGUGUGAUUGCGUAUGCAUCUAGAUUGUUGAAUGAUGUGGAAAGUCGUUAUUCUCAGAUAGAGAGAGAAGCUCUUGCUGUUGUGAUUGCUAAACCUUCUGCCAGAAUUGAGCGUUGGUGUUUGCGUUUACAACAGUACACCUUUAAUAUUGUACAUCGUCCAGGGAAAACUAACCCUGCUGACUACAUGUCAAGGCAUCCCAUUGAAAUGCAAAAUGUACAUUCUGAUAAAGUCACAGAAGAAUAUGUGAAUUAUGUAUGCGAGAAUACAUGUCCCAAAGCUAUCAAACUGUGUGAAAUAAAAAGUGCUUCUGAAAAUGAUAGUGUGAUACAGAAUGUGAUUAAAAGUUUGCAAAAUAACUUAUGGUAUAAGUAUGAAGAUUGUGGAGAAAUGUCUAUUUUUGCCAAAAUUGCCAGUGAACUUUGUGUGACUGAGCAAGGUAUUUUAUUACGAGGUAAACGAAUUGUUAUUCCGGUAUGUUUGAGACGUAAAAUUGUUGGCAUUGCUCAUGAGGGACAUAUGGGUAUGAGUAAAACAAAAUCUUUGUUAAGAGAAAAGAUAUGGUUUCCUGGUAUGGAUGCUGUGGUAGAAAAUGUGGUGAAAAGCUGUGCUGCUUGUGCUUCUGUUGUGAAAGAUGAGAGAAUGCUCCCUUUAAGCAUGAGUUCUAUGAUUACUGCACAAAGUCCCAAUAUUGGCAGUAAAACUAGAAAUGCUUCUCUAUUUAAAAAAGUGAAUGAUUGUACCUUUCGUAAGCGUUUUACAAAUAUCACUGGUGCUGAUGUUUUACAUGAUAAUGAUAUUUCUGACGAUACUGCUAAUUUGAAUGCUGAUAAUGAAACAGCAGAUCCUAUUGCUGAAAGUACAUCACCUUCUGUUCCCCCUGUUCCAAGUGUUAGAGAUCGUCCUAGAAGAUGUCCAAAAGUGCCAAGUAGAUUUAAAGAUUUUCAUAUGGGACGAAUUACAUUAUUGACUGCUUAA